ACUGCUUUAACUUUAUAUCCUUCAGAUAUUUGGAUUUGAGCUGCACUUUGGAAUUCAUCUGUACCUAAAAUGCCAGUGGCCAUUGGAGGACCAGUUGGAUACACCCCCCCAGAUGGAGGCUGGGGGUGGGCAGUGGUAGUUGGAGCUUUCAUUUCUAUUGGCUUCUCUUAUGCAUUUCCCAAAUCCAUUACUGUCUUCUUUAAAGAAAUUGAAGGCAUAUUCAAUGCUACCACCAGUGAAGUGUCAUGGAUAUCCUCCAUCAUGUUGGCUGUCAUGUAUGGUGGAGGUCCUAUCAGCAGUAUCCUGGUGAAUAAAUAUGGCAGUCGCCCAGUCAUGAUCGCUGGGGGCUGCUUAUCAGGCUGUGGCUUGAUUGCAGCUUCUUUCUGUAGGACGGUACAGGAACUUUACUUGUGUAUUGGAGUCAUUGGAGGUCUUGGGCUUGCCUUCAACUUGAAUCCGGCUCUGACCAUGAUUGGCAAGUACUUCUACAAGAAGCGACCGUUGGCCAAUGGACUGGCCAUGGCAGGCAGCCCUGUGUUCCUCUCUACCCUGGCCCCCAUCAAUCAGGCUUUCUUCACCAUCUUUGGCUGGAGAGGAAGCUUCCUAAUUCUUGGAGGCCUCCUCCUAAACUGCUGUGUGGCUGGAUCCCUGAUGCGACCAAUAGGGCCCAAGCCAGCCACAACAGGGAAAGUUAAUGCUAAAGAAUCCCUUCAAGAAGCUGGAAAAUCUGAUGGAAAAAAAGAUGCAGGUGAUGCGAAUACAGAUCUUAUUGAAGGAAACCCCAAACAGGAAAAGCUGUCGUUCUUCCAAAAAAUUAAUAAAUUCCUGGACUUGUCCCUGUUUGCCCACAGAGGCUUUCUGUUGUACCUCUCUGGAAAUGUGGUCAUGUUUUUUGGACUCUUCACACCUUUGGUCUUUCUUAGUAAUUACGGCAAGAGCCAACAUUAUUCUAGUGAGAAGUCUGCCUUCCUCCUUUCCAUUCUAGCUUUUGUUGACAUGGUAGCCCGACCUUCCAUGGGACUUGUGGCUAACACAAAGUGGAUAAGACCUCGCGUCCAGUAUUUCUUUGCUGCUUCUGUUAUUGCAAAUGGAGUGUGUCAUUUGCUAGCACCUUUAUCCACCACUUAUGUGGGCUUCUGUAUCUAUGCCGGAUUCUUCGGAUUUGCCUUCGGGUGGCUCAGUUCCGUCUUAUUCGAGACCCUGAUGGAUCUUGUUGGACCCCAGAGGUUCUCCAGUGCUGUUGGAUUGGUAACCAUUGUGGAAUGCUGUCCUGUCCUCCUGGGGCCACCAAUGUUAGGUCGUCUCAAUGAUAUAUAUGGAAACUACAAAUACACAUACUGGGCAUGUGGUGUAAUCCUGAUUGUUGCAGGGGUCUAUCUCUUCAUUGGUAUGGGCAUCAAUUACCGACUGCUGGCUAAAGAAGAAAAAGCAGAGAAGCAGAAAAACGAAGGAAAAGAGGCGGAGACCAGUAUAGAUUUUGAUGAGAAGUCAAAAGAAGUAACUAAAGCUGCAGCAUCUCCAGAGCAGAAAGGCACAGCAGACCCCAAAGAAGAAGAGAGUCCGGUCUGAACCCAUGGGGCUGAAGGGUGAAUGGAACAGGUCGUGACCCAAGUCUUCUGAAAACACUCGACUCGCCUGUAGUCUACCAGUGGUGCUCAACGCAGACUGUGGACAUUUACGUGGAAAACAUACCUGGUGUUCACUGAUGGGAUUUCUGUCACUCCUUACCAGUAGUCUGAAUUUAAAACACCACACUCUUUGGGGAAGGAGUGGUGGGCAAAAGAUGUGGGUAAGAAGCAGGGUUGUUUUGUUUUGUUUUAAUAUUAGUUUUUAACAGUGUCAUGAAGAUUAUAUUCUGUGCCUUAAGUUUUAGUCUUAAGAACUCCUUAGAGAGCCUUAACUUUUAAAACUAUUUUGCUGAAUUCUCUGUUUUAAGUGUCACAUUAAAAGGAAAAUAACAACUAACUUAUUUGAGACAACUCUAGAAUUUAAUCUUGCUUCAUUGUUACUUGUAAGGUAUUGUCAAACAUUGUUACUGAAACAUUAAUGAGUAGAAAUUCUGGUUAAAAGUUGAAGGUUUUCUGGUUUCCAGUACCAGGGAUUGAAUGCAGGGCCUUUGCACUGAGCUAUAUCCCUAACCCUUUUUAACUUUUUGUUUUGUUUUGAGACUUGAUCUUGCUAAGUCACUAAGUAGCCUUGGUUGGGAGUGAACUUGUGAGGGGUUUUAUAAAGUGCUAAAAUAUUUUUCUCGCAUCAGUAGCUGCCUGGCGUAUGUGCCUAAUAGCUGUAUAUUUAGAUUUAAAGCAUAAAACUUGGGAAAUGUCUUGGCUAUUCCAGCCACAGUGUUUGUCAACAUUUCUUGGUUACUUUUUCUGCAGUACUUACUGGAAGCCAAGUAUUUGAGCAUUGUUUUCUCUAAUUUACUACUUUUGCUCCCCUGUUCAAAAGAUAUUUUGAGUGGAUCUAGAUCAUUACCCACUUUGAAUCUGUUGGAAUUAUUUCUCUCACUGCAAAAGCUAGUAUUAAAGACUAAGAAAUUAUAUAUUCAUGACUCCUUAGUAAAUGUAACACAUCUAGUUAAAUAUAGACAGCUGAAUUCAGCUUAUUUUUUUCAGAAUCUUAAUUAUGCUAUGAGACUAUUGGAAUGUUUGUGUCUGUGUGUUUGUGGUUUUGUUUUUUUUUGGGGGGGGGUUGGUGGUGUUGGGCCUCAGGCAUGAUAAGCAGACCCACCAACCCCCUGGGAAUCUUUUUGUUCUUUUUCCUGGAAUUUUUCACCUUCGAUUUUGAUAGUUUCAUUUAUAUUUGCUUACAGCUGUAUGUAAGAUGUUAAGUAUAGAUAAAAUGUGUUUGUAUGUGGUGUUUUGGGGUAUUUUUUACAUUUUUUUUUUUCAGUGUUUGCAAAUUCAAGUGUGCCAAAAUUAUGUGGCUCUAGGCAAACCAAUAAAGAUAAGACUGGGAAGAGAUGUUGUAAAGUAUGCAUAGUUUCAGUAAUUCCUUUUUAUUUUCUGAGAAGGCUUAAAAAGAAAAUUAUGUUAGAGCUGGGCGUGGUGUGCAUGCC